GUAUCCGAGGCCAGUUUAGUCUUGACAGCUGCUGGGUUGCCGGAGGUGUGAGCUGCGGUGGAAAUACAUUAAUGAAAAGCCAUGGAAGACAAAGCACAGAUACAAGAAGCGAUUAAAACCCAAGGUGAAGUCGUUCGGAAGUUGAAGUCAGAGAAGGCGAGCAAAGAGCAGAUUGAUGAAGAGGUAGCCAAACUGCUGGAGCUGAAGGCUCAGUUAGGAGGAGAUGAUGGCAAAAAUCAGUUUGUCCUCAAGACAGCAAAGGGAACGAGGGACUACAACCCCAAGCAGAUGGCCAUCAGAGAGAAAGUCUUCAACACCAUCAUCGGCUGCUUCAAACGCCACGGAGCCGAGACCAUCGACACGCCUGUUUUUGAACUAAAGGAAACACUGACAGGGAAGUAUGGAGAAGAUUCCAAGCUCAUCUACGACCUCAAAGACCAAGGAGGAGAGCUGCUGUCCCUCAGAUAUGACCUCACUGUGCCCUUUGCCCGCUACCUGGCCAUGAACAAAAUAACCAACAUCAAGCGCUACCACAUUGCUAAGGUCUACCGCCGUGAUAACCCAGCCAUGACCCGUGGACGCUACCGAGAGUUUUACCAGUGUGAUUUCGACAUAGCAGGGCAAUAUGACGCCAUGAUUCCAGAUGCCGAGUGUCUGAAGAUCGUCCAUGAAAUCCUCAGUGAGCUGGACCUCGGAGACUUCCGUAUCAAAGUCAACGACAGACGCAUCCUCGAUGGCAUGUUCGCUGUGUGUGGCGUUCCAGAUGACAAGUUCCGCACCAUCUGUUCAACAGUGGACAAACUGGACAAGUUGCCCUGGGAGGAGGUGAAGAAGGAGAUGGUGAAUGAGAAGGGCUUGUCAGAGGAGGCUGCCGACCAGAUUGGGGAAUACGUCAGUAUGCAGGGUGGAAUGGAUUUAGCAGAGCGCCUCCUUCAGGACCAGAAAAUGUCUCAGAGUAAGCAGGCCUGUGCCGGCCUGUCCGACAUAAAGCUGCUCUUCAGUUACCUGCAGCUCUUCCAGGUCACAGACAAGGUGGUGUUUGACCUCAGUCUGGCCCGGGGUCUGGACUACUACACAGGAAUCAUUUACGAGGCGGUGCUGACUCAGGCAGGCGUGGCCUCGGUAACCACAGAUGCCCAAAACGGGGCACCUUCGGAGGAAAGCGUCAGUGUGGGCAGCGUGGCCGGCGGCGGGCGAUACGACGGCCUGGUGGGCAUGUUUGACCCCAAGGGCAGGAAAGUGCCAUGUGUGGGCGUCAGCAUUGGCAUCGAGAGGGUCUUCUCCAUCAUGGAGCAGAAAGCCGAGGCCUCAGCACAGAAGGUUCGUACCACAGAGGUUCAGGUCAUGGUGGUGUCUGCUCAGAAGAACCUGCUGGAGGAGAAACUCAAACUCAUCACUGACCUCUGGAAUGCUGGCAUUAAGGCAGAGGUGAUGUACAAGAAGAACCCCAAACUGCUGAGUCAGCUGCAGCACUGUGAGGAGUCUGGGAUCCCCCUGGUGGCCAUACUGGGAGAACAGGAGCUAAAAGAUGGAGUGGUCAAACUCCGUGUGGUGGCCACCAGAGAGGAGGUUGAUAUUUCCAGAGCAGAUCUUAUAGGUGAGAUCAGAAGAAGGACCUCUGAGGCCUAGCCAUUCCCUUCCUUCCAGCCACAACCUGUCACAUCAACUGAUUGCUUCAAACACUUACACUCUGCAGACUCUUGUAUGGAAUUCCUUCUGUGGGCCUCCAUAGACCAUGUUGGACAUCAUGCAGCCCUAAAAAACACAUCCAUCCUCACUGUCAUAUCAACCACAUAGACUGGUUUUAUGUUACACUCUUGCAAGUACCCAAAAGCAAUGAAGCUAACUGGAAGUGUGUUUAACGUGAUGUGCUUAUUAAAAGGGAACAUCAGAGAACACCAUCCAGGAAACAUGUUGCAGUUUACAUGAAAUGUAACCGUUUUGGAUUAUGUCUGAAAGACAUGUACUUGCUGUCAGUGUCAACGUUGUAUAGAUCAUUGAUGUUUAUCCAACAGGAGUUUAAGAAAGCUGCUCAGGAUCAGUUUGGUCUUGAUCAGAUUCAUUAGAAAACCCUGUUUACAGAGGAGUGUUCAUUCAGAGCUUUGUCUGUCUUUCUACCUAAACCCUUCAGAUCAUUUCCUGCGGUUCAAUUUAAAACUGAAUAAAAGGGGGUCAUUUCUACCUGUAUCAAACACGCCUGUACUGUCAAGUAUCUGAAAUAAACAUGUGCUCAAUACUAAAAAA